CACAAACAUACACAAACAUGUCUUGGCAAGCUUACACUGACAACUUGGUCGCUACCGGCAAGCUCGAUAAGGCUGCCAUCUAUUCCAGAGCUGGUGAUUCUGUCUGGGCCCAGUCUCAGGACUUGACCUUGUACGCGCCAGAAAUUGCGGCGUUGGCUCUGGCCUUUGAUGAUCCAUCUGGGAUCCAGGCCCAGGGCUUGCACAUUCAGCAGCAAAAGUUCUUUUUGUUGAGAGCUGAUGAUAGAUCUAUCUAUGGGAAGCACCAGGAAGAGGGUAUCAUUGCCGUCAGAACCAAGCAGGCCAUCUUGGUUGCCCACUACCCAGCCGGUAUCCAGGCCGGUGAAGCGACCAAGAUUGUCGAACAAUUGGCUGAUUAUCUCAUCUCUGUUGGCUACUAA